CUCCCUCCCCUCCUACCCCCGCCCCCCAGGAGCCAUGGGCAGUGCUGAUGCUCAGGUUCCUCCAGAUGUGCAGGAUUUUCUCCGGGGCCAUCCGGCGCUACAGUUGUGCCCUGGUGGGGCCAAGGUAAAGUGCAGGCUGACAGGCCAUGAGUUGCCCAGCCGACUCGAAGCCCUCCAGGCCUAUACCAGUGGUAAGAAGUAUCAGCGGCUGAUGCGCACCACCCAGACCUUUGACUAUGAAGAGUUUGAGCCACACAUUGUACCCAGCACCAAGAAUCUACACCAGCUAUUCUGCAAACUCACCCUUCGGCAUAUCAACAGACUUCCAGAGCAUGUCCUACGUCAUGUCCAGGGCCGGCGCUACCAAAAGGCACUGCACAAAUAUGAAGAAUGUCAGAAGCAGGGUGUGGAGUAUGUUCCAGCCUGCUUACUGCAAAAGAGAAGGAAACGGGAAGACUUGAUUGAUAAUGACCAGCAGCCCCGAAAAAAGGAUUUCUGGCAACCUGAAUCCAGUGAUGAAGAAGACCAGAGUGAUGACAGCAUGACUGACUUAUAUCCACCUGAGCUGUUCUCUGAAAAGAACCCAGGUGAAAAUGGAGAUGUCGCAGGGAGCUACUUAGACAUUGAAGACAACAAUACACAGCCUUCCAGAGAGAAUGGUAUUGUGGGCAGAGGAGAGAAGAUGGAGAUGGACAGGCCAAUAUGUAAUAAGAGGACAAAGGUGAGAGUGCAUCUGUCACAGCAAGUAACUAUCAGUACAUUAGCAGUUUUGGUCUUAAUGGAAGGCAGUGAAGCUUAGUGUAUAGAGACCAUUGCACCUGAAGUUGAGUAAUUAAUCAGUGGUUUACCUUUGCCACAAAUGAGCUAUGUGGUGGUAUGUUAAUCCCUUAACAGGACCAAUCUUCAACUACUAGAGUGGGAAAAAAUCUUAGAAUCACAGAUUUAGAGUAGAAAGGAGAUCAGCUGGCCCAAUCCCCUUAUAUUAUGGUCAUAAAAAUUGAAGUCCAGAGUGUUCAGUGACUGUCCAAGGUCACUCAGGCAGCCAAUAACUGGCAUCAAAUCAAAAUCCUCUGACUCAAAAUCCAGUGCUCUUUCCCCAUACUACUACACCAUUGCCCCUUUUGUCAGUUAGUGAAUAUUUAUUAAGCGCCUACUAUGUGCUAACUGCUAAAGAUAGAAAGGCAAAAGAUAAUUCCUUCUU